AUGAUAGGCAUCAUGUCUGACAGCCGAGCGGGAGCAGGCGGAGGAGGGACAGGGGGAGGACUAGAUGCCUCCCAAGCGCGCUUCUCCUCCUCGCUACCGACCUACCUCCCUGUCCAGUGCCAGCUCGUCGGCACCGAUUCUGCCUAUUUCCUGCGGGAGGCCAGUCAGGAGGUCAUGCGGAACGGGAGCCUGUCGUCCCGCGUGGAGCCCUUCUUCCUCCAUCAGCUGGAGGCCGGCGUCGGCGCGCCGCCCGCCGUGCCUUCCGUCAACUGCAGCUACGGCAACCUGAGCGUGGAGCAGCCAAUCCCGGCGGAGCUGCUUCAGGGCCCUCCCCCGCAUCUACUAGUAACGCCUAAUCAGGUGACCCUAAACUGGAAGGUCAAAGGUCACAUGGUGAUGCCCAAAGUGGGGUCGACACGCCCGUGGAUACAGGUCUUAUUCUACCUAGCAGGGCGGCGUUGGGACGAGCCGGACCCCCCUCCUCCGGCCCUCCUCCCCUGCGUCAGGGCCGUCGCCAUCCGCGACUCCAGCGAGGCGGGACCAUCCACGGGUUGCCGACUUGUGGGUGUCCCUGGUAUCUGCGUCGUUCGCCUGGAGCUCCCCCCAGCUUGGUUCGUUCCGCCUCAAGUCAGAAAAAGACCCCCGGAAAUAACUCUACCAUCGGUGGACGUUUAUUAUUCCAUCAUACCACUGGAGGGGGCUGGUCAGGAGUGUCCUCCCGUUGUUAAUGAGCCGUGGAGGGGUCAGAGCGCAAACAGCGGACCUCUUGUCGGGGGCCUGGAUGCAGGGCUAGGGCGGCAGUGGGGCUCUUUUGUGGAUGGGGGUCUUCAGGACAUGCAGAAGGCUGGUACCGUCAUGCUGACUGUUGGCCCAGUGUCAGCCAAAGGACAAAGGCUGAGACUGGAUGAGAAUGUGGAGGUCCUGGUGCCGGUCAGUCCAGUUCAGCUUGGCAAGACAGUGGCCUUUGGAGUCUUCAUGAAGACAGAUUCGAAUGUAGAGCAGUUCACACUGAGAGCCUGGUUCCAGACUGGCAUCAACUUUCUGGCGGUGAGACCUAGCAACCUGGUUGCCUGGGAGAUCAAACAGGAAAUGGCACUAGGAAGCAGUUCGUUGGCAGUGCUGUGCCAGAGGAAGGCCUCCUCCAUGGCAGACAGGUUGGAGGGCUCGUCUUAUGAAGUGAUGCAGCUGGACUUUGAGGUGGAUAAUAUGAUUAACCCAGUGCCCAGGCAGGCCCUGCACUGGUACGUGGAGUACCCUGCAGGCACGCAGACCGCUGAGAAAGUGACCCACCUCUUCAUCAGCAACACAGACAUACAGGGCAUCGUACCGCUGGCCGAGGACACUGAAGUGGUGAACACAGCUAUUCUUACUGGUCACCGUGUGGCAGUGCCAGUCAAACUGGUUACAGUGGAAAGUGACGGACGGGUGAGGGAAGUGGAUGACUCGAUCACCUGCAGCUCAACAGACGUAGAUGUGGUCAAGGUAUCCCCGAGCUGUGAGCAGGUUUUGGUGAACGGUAAAGAGAUGCGAGGUCGACAGUCCUUGGUGGUGAACUUCACUUACUUGCACCUGUCAGCCCAGCUGUGGCUCACCGUCUGGGUGCCCAAACUUCCACUGCAGAUCGACGUGUCCGACACCGAGCUGAGUCAGGUUAAAGGCUGGAGGGUGCCUAUUGUUACCAACAAGAGACCAACCAGGGACAGUGAAGAUGAUGAGGACGAUGAGAGGAAAGGCAAAGGCUGCACACUGCAGUACCAGUAUGCCUUGGUGCGGGUCCUGACCCAUUUUGUAGCAGAACCUGCUGAUCCAGGCGGGGACAUGGUCUAUAUGUUAGGAAAUGACUGGCAAGCUGACAUCACUCACUUGGUGCUGGACCAGCUAAAGGUGGAGCAUCCCCGAAUCGCCAAGCUGAUUGACGGACGAAUUCUGAUGGGGCGGGACCUUGGCAUCACCACUAUACAGGUCCUGUCGCCUCUGUCCGACUCCAUCCUGGCCGAGAAGACUGUCACCGUGCUGGAUGACAAGGUGACCAUCACCGACCUGGGGGUCCAGUUGGUAGCAUCUCUGUCUCUGAGUAUGACACCUAGUCCUGGUAGUCACCAGGCGAUCCAGCUCACCGCUACUGCUACUGACCUGCUGCACACACCCAAGCAGGAAGCCAUUCUCAGUGCGUGGAUCCAGUACAGCGAUGGUUCACUGACACCACUAGACAUCUACGACCCCAAGGACUUCCUCCUCUCAGCCAUCUCAUUGGAUGAGAGGGUCAUCACCACAACCAAUCAAGAGCAGCACUGGCCAACUGUUGUGGCGGAAGGAGAGGGACAGGGAGCACUGGUGCGCAUUGAGAUGGUCAUCUCUGAAACCUGUCAGAAAUCCAAGAGGAAGAGUGUGCUGGCAUCCGGAGUCGGGAACGUGCACGUGAAGUUCAGAGUUCAGAACGAGGAAAGAGGAGGGCUGGGAGGGGCCCAGGAGCAGGGAGGAGGAGGAGGCUCUGAUAACAGCACCAAUGAGCAACAAACAAAAACAGAGAAAGAGGGUGGAGGAUGGAAGCACAACAACGCAGCAGCAGUGGACCGAGAGGAGGGGGCAAUGAGAAAGGUUAGCACAACAACAAAGACCACAGUGACCCACCGCACCACAGGCAGUAAAUCAGGCAGUGGGGGUAGCAGCAGCAGUCGGGGUGGUGGCCCCAGCCAAGCAGGGGACUACCCUGCCCAAGUGGAGGUGCCUGGAACUGGGGAGAGCGACUUGUCCCAGACCCCCAGAGGCCUGUCCGACCUGGAGAUAGGAAUGUAUGCCCUGCUGGGAGUGUUCUGUCUUGCGAUACUGGUCUUCCUCAUCAACUGUGUCAGCUUUGCCUUCAGGUAUCGUCACAAGCAGCUCCCUGUUCUGGAGGCAGGGGGCAACAUGAACCACGCCCACGACUGGGUUUGGCUCGGCAACGAGGCUGACCUGUUAGCCGACCACUCUGACCACUGCCAGGGCCCGCUGCAGGACGAGUGCACCACUAUCAUUGACCGGAAUGAGGAAGGAUAUGAAGAGAGCAAGUACCUGUUGAAUGGAGAGGGUAACAGUGUGGUAAUGGGCAUGGGCACCAUUGGUGGUGGCGGCGGCGGCGGAGGCACAGGUGGACACCGAGGCAUUAGUCAUGGGCAGACCUUGCCAAGGUCUGUUCCAGAGCCACGACAGUGCCUUUCCAGAAUCCCCAUUGGUGGCAAGGACCCCACCGGUAAAUCAGAAGCCCUAAAUAAUUCUCCCCGAGCCAAUGUGGCAGCCGCCGCCAUUGUCGCUGCUGCCACGAAACGUAAACGUGUCAAGUUUACAUCUUUUGCCACUGUUCUACCCAAUGAAGACGCUGGUGGAGGCAGCACUUACGCUAACUCCUCUGUGCUGGUGGCCAAUGGGAGUGAGGACGACAUCAAGUGGGUUUGUCAGGAUAUGGACCUGGGCCAGUCAGAAAUCAGAACCUACAUGGAGAGGCUACAAGACAGUCUGUGA